AUGUCAUAUUGUGAUAUUUACUUCAUGACGGGAAUGAUUUAUUCUUUCUUCUUAAUCAUUUAUCCCUGCAUUUCUUUUGCUAACACACUGCCCGUGUCAUUCCAGUGGACCAUCGUUCUAAUCGCCACCAUGUGUUGCAUCUUCUCUCGUCUCAUCAAUUUCACGACCUCCAACGUGUUAAUCAACAACAGCGCCUUCUCCGAUUUCCGAGGCAAAGUCAACGGUUUAGGCCAAGUUCUGGCCGCUGUGGGUCGCUUUGUCGGCCCGUCCAUGGGAUCCACUUUGUUUGCUUGGAGUAUUAGCGGUGAUCAUCCGUUCCCGUUCAAUUAUGGGUUUACCUAUUACAUAUCCUUAUUCUGUGUUCCGUGUUCUGUGAUGAGAAUGGUUCCUUCAUUCUUCCACUUGCUGGGCAUCUUUAUGAUUCUCACGUCGUGCUGCAUCUUCACUUUACCGAAAUCGAUCAAUCGCCCGAUGGGUCGCAUUCGCGAUUUUUACAGCAAUGAAGAGGAGAUGAAGGAGAUGGCCGAGGGAGAAACGAAAUCGAGCACAAAGAGCGGAGAAGGAAAUGACGUAACGGUGGUUGUUAGUAACGAAGAAGAUAAGAAAGAAAAGAAGGAGGGUGAUGAGAGUGUAGUAGUUGUGAAGGAAGACUUGAACGAAGUCUCCAAGGUGGAAUCAAAACCCGAUUCCAAUGAAAUAUCUAAUUUAGAGCAGAAAACGGCUUGA